AUGUCCAACGAGGAAGGCACAGGCAAUGACUCCACGGUGCCCCUGGCCGUCAAUGAGGAUGAGCUUGAGGAAGGUAGUAACUUCUUGGUGAAAGACCGUUCGUGCACAGAUUCGUGGUGCAUUCUGGUCUUCCUGGCAGCUUUCGCGGCCUUUGUCUUCGUGACAUUCCUGGGUCUACAGGAUGGCGAUCCUCGAAAGCUUUAUCUGCCGCGUGAUUACAGCGGCAGCUACUGCGAUGCUGAUUCAAAUUGGGGGACAGGCUACAAGCUGCAGGGCUUCCCUGUCCUCAGCUACACAAUGAAUGUCACGUCCACGACGGACCUCGUCGUCAAAGAAUUGAUCUGCUCGUAUGCUGCCCGUGAUGCCCUGGUUGGCGGCUCCACUCCCUUGCUGACCUCUGUGUCCGAGCAACAGGCAUACCUGUGCCACUGCUGCCUUGCGCCAUGUGCCAAAUGCACUGGCAGUUACAAGACGACGAAGCUGAAAAGUGGAGGUGUUCAGGGUGUUAUAUCUGGCAAGAUGUCGGAGAUUACUGGUGUGGGCGGGGAUCUCUUCAAUCCCAGUGGUUUCAACAGUGAUUUCUUCACGAACAUUUGGAGCGAGGCCACAAGGUACUUCAACUUGGUUUGCCUUCCGGACUGUGACACGGGCUUUGCUACGCUGAAUGGCACCAAUGACGCUCGACGAUGGAUCUAUGAAAUGGCACCCGACAAUCCCCUCUCGCCAUACUGGGCCAUGUUGAAUACUUCUGGACCGCCCGAAAUCCAGGCCACCAUUGCGUCCGCUUUUACCUUUACAGCACUUCCGGCGUCUCUAUGUGCCUACCCUGCUUCGAAAUGCAUACCGAUGCCUGGCGUGCAGCUCACUGCGGGCAUGCCAGGGCAUUGCAGUUUGGGUUUGACCGGCGCUGUGCAAGAACAGCUUGGAGCUGCAUUGUCCGAUGCAUUUGGAAGUGUGGGUUCUGAGGCUUUUCAAAAGGAGUUCGCUUCCUUCCAAAACUUCGGAAGCCUUUUCGGGGAAGCGUUCAAAACAGGUGAUACAUUCGUCACGACCGCAGUGUCGUGCUUGAUCAUCGGCUUCGCUUACAUCCUUCUCCUUCGCUUUUUGGUUGGUAUUUGUGUGUGGACAGCGCUGUUCGCAAUGCUUCUGCUGUUUGCUUUGGGUGGCGGUGUGGUGUAUGCCAGCUCAAGCCAGUGCCAAGGAACAGAUUUACUGGAUACGUCAUAUGAAAUGGCCGUGGCUGCGGCCACGUCCAUUCAACAUUAUUCCACAACGCUCGUGCAGCAGACCGUUGAUGGCAAGUCUUGGGAGGUUCCCAGUGAAACUGUGGUGGGUGACGGGGCCAACUACACAGGCAUGCAAAGACGAAGCGUGGAAGGGUAUAGCUGUAUCCAGUGGGGAUUGGUGAACACGCUUGCAGAGAACUACUCGCAGGCGACUUUCCCUGACUCCAACCUAUCUGAAAACUUCUGUCGAAACCCAUACAACGCAAGCACCGCAACAGAAGAGACCAAGGCCAGCACUAUUUGGUGCUUCACAUCAGACGAUAAAGUUACAUGGCAAGAGUGCCGCCCGAUUGGCGUGAUUCGGCCCGUAUGCAAGAACGGCUACGCGGUCGCUGAUGAGGGCGUCCGCACCCUCUUAGAGUACGCGGCAUAUGCCUUAUGGAUCUUGGGUGUCCUCUAUUUGUUUCUCGUCCUUUGCUUUUGCAGCCGUAUUCGGCUAGCAAUCGCCGUGAAUAAAGUUGCUGCGACCUUCGUGGCUCAGACGCCCCAGGUCAUGCUGGUGCCCGUGAUACAGGCUCUGGUGGCCGUCAUGUGGAUUGGCUUGUGGAUUUUAUGUUCCUCCUUCCUCUUGUCGCAAGUUCCGGACGACUAUACACCAACAGAUGCAUAUGCCACAUAUGCGGAGGCUUAUGGUACAGCAGAAACGCCUGGCAGAUGCACAGACAAAUGGCCCACGGGCUUUACGUACAAGGACGACGACAACUGCGUCAAUGUCAAUGGGACGGCCCAUUGCUGGAAGUGUGGCCAGCCACGUUUUGCAUUCGACUGGCGCUUUGCCUGCUCAUUCUUCGUGUUUCUUUGGAAUAACGCUUUGAACAUCGCUUUCGGUCAGUUUAUGAUUGCUGGAUCAGUUGCGGCCUGGUUUUUCACCCCAAAUCGCUUGAAAGGGAAACGAGGAUCUGUGAAGAAAUCUGCCUACUUUGCCUUCCGCUUCCACUUUGGAUCGCUGGCAUUUGGCUCCUUCAUUAUCGCCGUGGUCCAGUUCGUGAGGUACAUGCUGCUUUACCUUGAGAAGCAAGCGCAAGCACAAAAGAAUCGAGUGAUGGCCUUGAUUCUGCGGGUAUUGCGGUGCUGCAUGUGGUGCUUGGAGAAUUUUCUGAAGUUCUUGAACAAAAACGCAUACAUUCAGAUAGCCAUUCGCGGAACGAACUUCUGCACGGCAGCGAAAGAGGCUUUCAUGCUGAUCGUAGCAAAUGUCCUGCGAUUUGGGGCUGUUGCCCUUUUGGGUACGGUCAUCAACUUCAUUGGGUACAUCUUCAUCAUCGCCGCCACAGUUGCGGUGGGAUAUUUGCAGCUAACGGCUAUGCAUCCAAAUGCAUCUCCGGUGGUACCAGUCGCUAUGUACGUGGCUUGCGGCUACGUCGUUGCCAGGCUCUGUAUGAAUGUCUUCGAGCUUGCCGUGGACACGAUGCUACAGUGCUUCUUGGUUUGCGAGCAGGAAAAAGACAAGAUCGGUGAUUCUGAUUUUGUUCCGAGUCAGAUGCGCGGGUGGCUGGCAGGGAAGGCAGACGAGACUCCCAGCAUUGACAAGGAGUGA